AUGGCGUUGACAGACGCCAUCGAUCUGCUGCUAUCAAAGUCGGCCAUCGGCGUCUUGGCCAUUGCUGCUGUGCUCUUCUUUGUGGCGCGAGCGCUCGAACUGGGCGUGGAUGAAUUUGAACCUCCUGUCAUCAGGCCCCCUAUUCCCUACAUCGGACACUUGAUCCGAUCCGUCCGGGAACAGCCAUGGUUCUUGAAGAAUCUCGGCGAGGAGUGUCGCCUGCCCAUCGCAACGGUGCCGAUCCUCAAGGGAAAAGUAUACGCGAUAUGGGAUCCCUUUCUGGUGCAGGCUGCCUACUGCAGCAAGCAUCUCUCAUUCAUCCCAUUUGCUGUAGAAAACGUCCGCGGCGUGACGGGGUACGACGAUGAGACGCACGAGAUUGUCACAAAGACAGAUAUCCUGCCCGCCUACUUUAAGAGCAUUUACGAGGGGACGACGCCCCAGCAUAUUCACCACUUGAACGUCGUGUCGCUGAGGCAUGUCUCACAGCACAUAGACGGCAUUGGGCCAGAUGGGCUUGUCGUCUCGAACAUCUACCUCUGGCUGCGCAACCUCAUGACUGUGGCUACGUGCGAAGCGUUGUUUGGUCCACGCAACCCAAUCAAGGACGAACAGCUCCAAGACGCACUGGCAGCGUACUGCGAAACAGUAGAAGAGGACGACGAAAAGGUCUCGGCCAUGAUCAGGAACCGUGUCGGUAUUCUUCGCAAGUACGGCAUCAAACCCAAGAGCAUCGGCGACAUUGAGGUGGCGCUCAUCCACGUCCCAACGUCCAACUCCAUACCGACCCUGUUCUGGUUCUUCAUGCACAUCUUCACCCGACCCGAACUGGUGUCCAGAUUACGCGCGGAAGCCGAGCCAGUCGCGGAGCGUGGCCCUGGGGACACGGUAACCGUCAACGUGGACACCAUCUCCGACAGGUGUCCCCUCCUCAUCAGCUGCUACCGUGAGGCAAGUCGCCUCGCCAACAAGUUCACCUGCAAUCGACGCGUGGUGCAAGACACGACGAUCAAGGACAGGGACGGCCGCUCGUACUUGCUCAAGAAGGGAGGUCACGUGCGGAUGCCAGCCGGCGUCCUGCAUGCCUUGGAGGCGGCGUGGGGUCCCGACGCUGAUGAGUUCCGGCCCGAACGGUUCCUGGACACGGGCCUGAGCAAGGAGGAAGCCAAGAUUCGUCGUGUCUCGCACACGCCGUUCGGCGGAGGCGCCCACAUGUGUCCGGGGCGCAACUUUGCCACCGCCGAGAUCCUUGGGUUCGUCGUCUCCCUGCUCGUUGGGUAUCAGGUGGCGCCCGCGGACGGGGACUGGUCCAAGUUCCAGGUCCCUCCCAUGGCGCCGUGCCCGGUGGCGACGUCUGUGUGCAAGCCGCUGGACGAGCGCGCCAUGUUUGGUGCGCAUGUGACGAGACGGGGCGGAUGGGAGUCGGCUAAGUGGGUGUUCACCUCGGAAAGGGUGAAGGAAGUUGAUGUGCAGGAGACACCCAAGCGCCUGUUGGAUCUCGAGUGUCCCGGGCCCGAGGGCAUCUGCCUCGUGCAAGACUUGAAUCCCUCAAAGUACAUCGCACUGAGUCACUGCUGGGGGGACGUGAGAGCGUGCACGACUACCAGCGACAAUCUCGCCAGUCGCCUAUCCGAAAUCAAAUGGGAUGAUCUGGCAAAGACGUUUCAAGAUGCUGUGACAUUGACGAGGCAGAUUGGCCUGCGAUACCUAUGGAUCGACUCGUUGUGUAUUGUCCAGGAUGAUUCGGAUGACUGGAGGAAGGAAUCCGUCAAAAUGGGAGACAUAUAUCGUGGUGCCUAUCUGACAAUCGCCGCCUCCUUAGCAUCCGCCGACGACGAAGGCUUUCUGCACCCGUCGAAAGAAAGAGACGUCUACUCGGCCAAGUGUCUACGUGUACCAUUUCAGGGGGGUAUUAUUACUGGCAUGUGGAUGCGCACGAUCCACGACUCCCGCCUCCAUUCAUUCCACAACAUCAGCGAGCCUCUGUCCACUCGGGCCUGGACGAUGCAGGAGCGAGUACUCGCACCGCGGCUUCUGAGCUACUCCUCUGCCGUUACCUUUGAGUGCACCGCCUUGGCUGUCUGCGAGUGUGGCCACGCCAUGUAUCCAGAUCCUUACUACCCCCCUGUUCACAUGCUCCAGGGCCUUGACAACAAACAAGGAUUUUUAUCGGUCUUGCAGGGUGACCCGCAGUCGAUCGCGAGGAUGUAUUCUUUCUGGUCUGACAUGGUAUCUGUAUACUCCGGUCGAAAGUUGACGUUCGAGACGGACAGGCAGAUUGCGAUUUCCGCCAUUGCGAGAGUCCUGGCAAAGCAGUACGGCGAUGAAUACAUCGCGGGGCUUUGGAAAGGGAACCUAGUUCCCGGUCUCACCUGGCACAAUGAUAUCCGGCUGCCAGUCAUCAAGGAUGCUGCUGCUGGAUCGCAUGCCGGGCUGUCGAAUCGACCACCGUCCUGGAGCUGGCUCUCGGCAAAGAAACUCGUCAGUACGUAUAGACUUCUCCCCGGCCAUUGCGAAGUCGUAUCGACGGACGUUCAGGAUGGCGGUCUUGACGACAGCGGCCCGGCUCGAGGAUGUAUCACGCUGAGGGCUCAGACUGGGACUAUGGUUGCGCACCUACCGGAGGAAGGCCAGCUCGACUCGGAAACGUCAGGGGCCACGCGGUUCGCGAUACUCGGUCCGAACGACAACCCAGUGGAGGUAUUUAAAGUAGAAGACUUCAGGCUAGAUAGACCGGUCACAAGAAACAGUGACCUGGACGUGUCAGCAGGCAUGCAGGGCUAUUCUUCGGACCUCGUGGAUGGGACAUUUCCUAUCCGGGUGUUGUGCUUGCACCUUGGGACAACUGUCAUCGAUAACAAGGAUCGGAAGACGGAGGUUUUUCUCGCUCUUUUCGAGCUGAAGCAUUUGCAGGGGCGGUUUUCAAGGAUCGGGCUUGUUCGAGCUACCAUCACCAAGGACGCUCUGCGAGAGUGGCUUGGCGAGUCUCAUUUGGCCAGCAACGUCAGGUUCCAAGCACCGGCCCCUAAGAACAUCGACCAGUGUGACCACAAGCAACCACGAUGCUCGCAAUGCGUCAAGCACGCCGAUGUCUGCGAGGCCCGAACAUUCAAGCUAUCGACUCCUGCUGUGUUUGAGGAGCGGCGCGCCAAAAAGACCAAGGCCAGAUCCUCACGAAGCUCCCGGUUUAUCGACGACACUGGUCCGUCGAUAGAACCAGAUGGCAACGACACCAUCCUCAAUGCAUCGCCACCCUGCUUCCAAGACUCUGGUCCUUCGAGCAGGACACAGCAUGACACUUUGGACCUGUUGCGCCCCCUGGACCAACAGCUACUCUCGAGCACCUUGCCAGCAGAAACCUCUCCUCGCAAUGAUAUGCAGGACCCGACGACGAGCGAUCAAGCACAAGCUGACGGGACUUUGAGCCUCGCUUCAGUCGUACCAACUUUACUGCCAAGCUCGGAUGACGACGAACUUUUCCCUUCCGUCUCCUUUCCAGGCCACGGGAGUCUAAGCCUCGACGCGUUCUCAACCGCACCCGAACGUCUCUACUGCCCGAUGCCGUGGCCAGACGACAUGCUGGCCUCGCCCGAGCGCAGGUUCCUCUGGCAGUACUUUCUGUCGGUAGCGGAAGCCGACUUUCUGUGUCUGGACUGGGAAGACGUCGGACACCUGUACGACUUCCAGCACCCAUACACCACAACCCUGCCUCAGAUGGCUCUGUCGAGCAAGGCGCUCCGAAGUGCCAUCUUCUGCUUUUCGGCUGGUCAGUACCAGCUGCGCCACAACAGCCGGGAGCAUUUCGCCCUGACCAAGACGACGACGAGCGCAGAGGCGGUGCGCGCCAUGCGCGCUCAGCUGCUGCAGACGACAACCAGCGACGAUGACUUGCUGCCGCUCAUCUGCGCAGCCACAUUGUUGCAUUACUUUGCUACGGAAAGACAUGACUAUCUACGAAUCGCCUCCAACCUUGUCUCGCGAUUCUUGGCACGGAAGGCUCUCCAGCAGAGCCAGGCACCCCUCUCGCUACCUGAGAUUCCCCUGACCGAGUUUCGAUGGACCGUCAUAUCCACGCUGUGCUCCCUGCGGCAGCCUCAAAGCCCGCUUGGCGAGAAGGCCUGUCGGAUGAUCGAAAUGGACGACGACGAGAUCAGUCGCAAGUACUCGGACGCCUUCAGCGGUUGGAUCAGCCAUCCGAUUUACACCUUCUCCCCGAGGCUGGUCAAUCCUCUUCUACGCAUUGGACGACUGCUGGAGGCACAGCUGCUGCAGCUCGACGGCACAACCACGGAUCCCGACGAUCUGGCCGGACACGAUGACGAUCGCAUAGCCGAAGCCGAGGAAAUGCUCCUCCACGCACGCGAACGCGACGUUGACACAUCCAUAGCACGCAUGCAGAUCAGCGAUCCCGCCACUGUCGUCGCCCUCAACGAAUCCAUGUACGCAGCGAGCGCCAUCCUACUAUACGCGCGACUGCACCAGACACCAUUCACAGCGCCCUUUAUCCGGAAACAAGUACACAUUGUCACCAAUGAGAUUGCCAAAAUCAGCUCCGACUCCCGUGUCUCCUUCUCCGUCGUCUUCCCGCUGUUCAUCGCGGGCUGCGACGCCGCCGAUCUGUCGGUGCGCGACAUGGUCAGGGAGAGACUGCGAGAGCCCAAAGGCAUCGCCUACGAUCGUGGCGACCUCGUCGGUGCACUGGAGCAUAUUUGGGACAUUCGCGAUGCCGAGCCGGGUUUGCUGUGGCCCGACUGGGUGGCCAAGGUUGAUCCAAAGUACCGCAUCAGCUGCCUGAUGUAA